UUCGCUUACUUCUCCCUUCUCAGGUCUUCAGAGGAGCAUCUCGGCCAUGCCUACCACCUGCUGAUGACGCGGCUGAAGGAGCAGCACGCCGAGAUGCGCUUCUCGGCUUUCCAGAUCGUGCAGGAGUUGUUCGCCCGAUCCCAUUCAUUCCGGACGCUAACCAUUUCCAAAUUCCAAGAGUUCCUGGAGCUCACGGUGGGGAUAGACCACGAGCAGCCUCUUCCCCCACCCAGAGAGGUGGCACAGAAACUGAGGAAAGCAGCCAUUAAGUCAGUGCAAGACUGGCAUGAGAAGUACGGAGAGGCCUACAAGAAGCUCGCUCUGGGAUACCACUUCUUAAAGCAGAAUAAGAAGGUGGAUUUUCAAGAUGUGCAUGCCAGAACCGUGGCUGAAAGGAGGAGAGACGAGGAGAAGAAAAAACGAUUGGAAAACAUUUACAAAGAAAAAGCCAAAAGGGCUGAAAAAGAAAUGGAAGAAAUGUCCCAAGAGGUUGCUGACACACUGACAGAGAUGGAAAACUGUUUCCGGCUUCUGAUGCCAGAUCCUUUCGACUUCACUGUGAAUAAUACGGAACUGGAACCCAACAAGCAAAUGACUGCUAAUGAGGACAGACCUGCAUCCCCCCUGGCCUCCCAGAUGGAAGUUAACCAGCCCUAUUUUGGAUGCAUGGAUGAUGAGCAGCCGUGCUGCAGCAAGGACAUUCUUUCUGUUUCUCAGUGUGUUAGAACUGAUAAAAACAAUGAGUUAGAUGAGAAAUGGGAGAAGCCUGAGCAGAAAGAAUUAGAUGGAGACACAUGCUUGGAAGUUCAGUCUGGUGUCCCUGCUCUCAGUGAUGAUGAUUACCAGACUUUUGUUAGGAACCAUGGGCUUAUUUCACAUAAGUAUACCCUAGACCUUGAAAUCUCCACAGAUAUAAAAGUGCAUGAGAAUGAAGAUAAUACUGCCGUAAUAAACACUGUCACUGAUGCUCACAAACUCCUCAGAAAUAAGUUUUGGCCUUCUGUGCAGUCCUGGAUUCAGUUAUUUACCAGAGCAGGAAUAAAUGAUGAUCGGCUAAGAUGUGCCAUUGAUCUCAAGAAUAAAUUGGAGACUGCUAUGAAGAAAUACAAGGAAAUGAACAUUUCCUUUAAAGCGAGAAAAAGAAAAGUGAUGAAAGCCUCGGAUGACAGUGAUGAUGACGAGGACGAAGAUGAAUUUGUGGAGGUCCCUGAGAAGGAAGGUUAUGAGCCCCACAUUCCAGACCACCUGCGUAAGGAAUAUGGGCUAGAACCUCAAUCACUUCCAAAAGCACCAGUGGGGAAGACUUCAACAGGACCAGCUCCGCUGAGCUCCCGCGCCCAGCUGAGAGGGAAUGAAGACGAACUUGAUCCAACCUGUGCAGCUGCCACACUGAAACUUAUUCGAGACAAACUGCCAAAGUUACCACCUCCACAUGCCAGUGACUCUGCCACUACUGAGCCAGCAGCUUUGGAAGAGCCUGACAGUAAAAGAAGAAAACUAGAAGAAGAAAGAGCUAAAGCUCCCCUCAUGCCUUUUGGAUUAGACCUUCACUACUGGGGACAGGAUCAACCAAGUGCUGGGAAGAUUCUCAAAUUUGCUUCUGAGCAUCGAUUUUGGGCACCCAGUGAAGUAGAAGAAGAGGUGGAAAAUAAAGAAAUAAGCGAAAUGUUAAAAACGAGAUAUAUAACAUUUGCUGGCAAGUUUGAACCAGUGAAACAUAAAUGUCGAGCACCGAUGCCUGAUGGAAGUCUGUGUGAAAGACAAGACCGGGUUAAGUGCCCUUUCCACGGAAAGAUAAUUCCCCGGGAUGAAUCUGGGAUUCCCGUUAAUGCAGAGGACAGAGCCAGAGAAGAAAAGAUGCGGUUUGAGAAGCAAGCAGCUCAGCCAGAGUGGCGAGAUCCAGAAUUCAUGAGGGAAGUUGAAGCAGCUACCGGAAUGGAUCUCGGUUCCUCUAAAAAUAAUGGAAAAGGAGGGAAAAAGACAGGGAAGAAGAAAAAAUAUCCAAAUCUGACAGACCUGAAGCAGCAGGCUAAUACUUCUCGUUCCCGGCUUGAGAAGAAAGUCUUCAAUAAAGGUGCUGUGAAACGGGUGGUGAAAGCAAUGAACCGAGUGGACCAAAGAAAGCACGAGAAGUUUGCCAACCAGUUUAACUAUGCACUGAAUUAA